AUGUCUUCUACACAAUCGAAGCUCAGUUCGACCAUCUCCCUCUGGCUUGAUGACAUAUCUGCAUUUCCGCGCCCCAGCACCGCUGCCCUGAACGCCAUUCCCUACAACUACGAUACGAUCAAGACGUGGCCGACGAAACGAUCGCACUCGAUAGACAUGGAUUCAGGAAUUAGCAUUGGCGACGAUGCUGCUGCCCAAGAAACGCCUCGUCCCCGAAAACGCCGUCGCAGCUUUGACACUCACCGGUUUUCGCCGCCUGCGUCUCCUACCAAAAGCGAGUCAACCGCCUCCAUUUCAUCGCACAGAAGCGGAAGGCUCAGCCCUGUCAAGCAAAUUCAGGCCCUCGAGGAUUUCGACCGCCCGGUCGUCUUCUGCGAUUUUGAUAGCCUCGAGAUGGCUGGCGAGCAGGCGCGUCAGGAUGUCACUGCAAUGCACACAGCAGCCCAAAGGCUUGCUGAUGGAUUUGAGAUACUUAGCUACGACAGCGAAGACGCGUUCAAUGCUGCAAUUGCCGAGCUUCCUGAGUUAGACCGGACGAGGCUACAGUAUCCAAUGGCCAAACAUCCUCGCCGUGCUGAGUAUGGAGCAACGCCUGCAAUCAGCAAGAUUUCUAGCAUCGUCUGCGCCGCAUGGGAAUUGAACUCUGGUGCAGGAGGAGCUGAGGAUGAGUGGAACACGGAGGUCCAGUAUCCGCUACUCAAGGUUGCGCUUGAGACAAGCCGGCAUUCGAAGGCGCUCUCCGUCCGUUCCGUAAAAACUGCUCGUAUCGACCCUCCGGCGCUCUGUAACCACAACCUCCCUGGCCGGAUCAUUGACUAUGUUGUCUGCCUCCAACCUGACUCAAUCAUUUCAAGCGCCUAUCGGUCCCUCCGGCCCUUGGCUUCGAAUACGGUCAAAUCCUGGAACCACGUCACCCGUCUACAGAACCUACCCAUCGCCAUCAACAUCGAGACCAAGGGCCCCAUGAAGUCGUGGACAGACGGCAAACCACAAAUCGGGAUCUGGACCGACGCGUGGCUGCGGCGAUGUGAGCUACUCUGGGAGGACGGCCGGGCUGCGCCCGCAGCUAUGCACAAGGACUGGCCAGCGAUACCAGUGCUCAUCUCACAAGGUCAUGAUUGGCACUUGCUAGUUGUCACGAAAACUAGCGAAAAAUUGGUCUUUAGGGAACAGAUAAUGAUUGGAAGUACACGGAACUGCUUUGAUGCCCUUAAGGUCGUGGCUGUUUUACAUUGGCUCAUGAACUGGGCUGAGACUGUCUGGCGGCCGUGGUUUCUGUCGUUGAUUGCUGAAGAUGAUGAAUGA